UCUUUGUUACACCUCGUCUGUCAUCAAACUGCUGUCAUCUGAAAUCCAUUUUUCAUUGAAUUUACCGUUAUUAUCGGCAAGAAUUCUUUUUGUAAAUCUGCUCGUUUAUGAUUCAUAGUUGAAAGUAGUAUUCGAAAGAAGUAGCAAUUAUGGAAACUGCUCAGUCUUUGUACCUUAACCUCUUCGGCGACGAUAAGAUUCACGCUUUGAAAGAAUUAUUGCAUGCCUGCGUGGAUGAAAUAUGUGGUCGACCAGGCCCAUCUUAUCACAGGUUUGCGAAUAGCGUUGUAUGGAGCAGACAAGAGUACGAAGACACAUACAAAACGAUAUCGAUACUUUUGCGGAAUCCUGCUUGCUUAUAUUUGAUAGACGAGAAGAUGCCUCAGGAGUAUCACGAAUUGCCAGAACCUAUUCAGCAAAAUUUAUUAACGUGUUUGAAAGCGCGAAGAGAACAGUUGACCGACGCUUUGUUGAAAGAGCACUCGAAAGAAAAGUAUGAAACGCUAAUCGAUUUCGAUUGGAGAUUAAAGCUUAUAAUGGGUUCCAGUAAGUUGUCUUCUUUAAGAGAAUCUCUUCUUCAGUUGGACCUUGUCGUGGAAAAUAGGGACGCGAAACGUAUUCUGAGUUUAGAAUUAAAUAAAGAUGAAUUGGAAACGUUUAUAAGUGCCAUAGAAACUGUUGCAUGAUCAAUAAUGUAUAUAAAGCGACGUUGGACAAGACCGAUUUCUUAUUUAUCGUUAAUAUAAGUUUAAUUGUUACAAGUUUCUUCGAAAGUGAAAUAAAGACACAUUCUUUUACA